AUGGCCUCUAACAUUGCUAAUGCUUCCCACUCUAAGAAGCAUGAUGAUUCAAAUGUUGUGAUUGAUCUAGAGGAUGCUAGAAAAGCUAAGAAGACUGCUGGUAUUGGUCCCUCCAAACCAUGGAGCAAGGUUGAAAUAAAGAAGAGGAAGGUCAAAGAUGAUUCUAAGCCUGAAGAGGAUGUUGAGGAAGAUGUCCCUGACAUCUCACCUACGAAGAAAACUACUAUUAGGAAGUCUCCUAUUAAAGUACAUGUUGUUCAUUUGGAUAACAUCUCCUUCCAUCUUGAGGAUGGAGCUGCUAAGUGGAAAUUUGUGAUUCAGAGAAGGGUAGCUAUGGAAAGGGAAUUGGGAAAAGAUGUUGCUGAUGUCAAGGAGAAUAGCAAGGAGUUCUACAAGGUGUAUGUGAGGGGUAAGUGUAUAACAUUCUCUCCUACUGUUAUUAAUAAUUUUCUAGGUAGAAAAAAUGAGGGUGCAGGAGAAUUAGAGGUUACAGACAAUCAGGUCUGUAGAGAGAUUACAGCUAAGCAGGUGAAAGUUUGGUCUUUCAAAAAGCAUCUUCCUGCUGGGAAGUUGACUAUCAAGUAUGCUAUCCUGCAUAAAAUAGGAGCUACUAACUGGGUCCCUACCAACCAUAUCUCCACCAUUGCUAAUACUCUUGGGAGGUUUAUUUUUGUUGUUGGGACAAAAGUGAAAUUUGACUAUGGUAGAUUUGUGUUUGAUCAAAUCAUCAAGCAUGCAACUACUAAUGCAGUUAAGUUGCCAAUUGCUUUUCCCUCUAUGAUCUAUGGAAUUAUCUUGAACCAACCUCCUGGUAUUCUGUGCUCAAAUGAUUUACCUAGUAGGAGAAAACCAGUUUUGUUUGUGCACUACAAACUCUUUUAA